AUGCAUCUGAAAGUGUUGUUUCUCUGCGUCUCUUUACUCCCAGUUAUCUCUGCGGUCUUUACCCAAGCCGGUAUCCGAGCUCUCGUCGAUGGACACAAUGCAUUCCGUAGUCAAAUCGCCAAAGGACAAUACUACCAAAAAAACGGACGAUUCCCUACAGCUGCCAAUAUGCGAAAAAUGGUUUGGGAUGCGGGAAUUGCAGCUGGUGCUCAACGAUUUGCAAAUACCCGUCCCACUUGGCAUGAUGGAAAUCGUGGACCUGUUGGAGAGAAUUUGUAUUGGAUGUGGGAUAUGGGACCGACUUCGUCCGAUUCACACGCUCCACGAGCUAUCAAAAUGUGGGGAGAUGAAUUCAAAACAAUUGGAAUGGUCGGGAUAAGAACUGGAAGUGGUGUUGGUGCAAAUGGACAUGCUACUCAAAUGGCUUGGGCUAAAUCAUACAGACUUGGGUGUGGUGUUUCGAAUUGGAGAGAUGGGAAAAUAUAUCAAAACUUGUGUUGUUUGUCGGUAUGGACCAGCGGGAAACAACUAUAAUUCUGAUAUGUAUAAAGCGGGAGCACCUGCAAGUCAAUGUCCAGCCGGAACAAGACCUGAACGUCAAUCUGGAUUGUGCGCUUAA